UCCUCAUCCUGUGGACGAGCAGGACGCUCAGACUGAACGCCGACGCCGACCAGACCACACUUUUCGUCUCCCUAAAUGAAUUUAUACAGUUGAAUUUAAAAACCUUCACUCGACACAACUCCAUGUUAGAAGACACCGUCGCUGCGGGUUUGGUUUGUUAUCAGCCCGGGUGCUAGGAUACCCUAAACGAUUAGUACCGGAGAGCGGAGUGAGUGGAGAGCGGAGGACCGGGGCUGCUAGCAACUGUACCCCGACUCUUGAAAACAGCUAAAGGGACUGAUGGGGGGAAGGAGUGAACGCCAGAAUUUAGGCUAGCCUGUCUGUAAGAGUGCAAAGAGGCGAGGGCAGAGUUUUUGGUUCGUUUCUACGGGAACCACAUCCGCACUUUGGGGGGAGGCGGGGGGGGGGGGGAGAAACCGAACUUAACUGUCGCCGCCGAGUCGAUGCUGGGAGCUAGUGGGCUGAAGGAGUGAGGAGAUGCGCGGUGUAACAUGGAUAUCCGAGAAGGGAUAAACAUCAGUGAACACCGCAGGAGACGCACUCAGGAGAACAGUGAAAGUGCUGGAAAGGACAAAGCCAGGAUUCUACACACCUGUGAUUGGAUGUGAGCUUGUAUUGACCUGAGACCAUUAAGAUGGAGUUGCUAUGGAAACUUAUACUGCUGCUGUCAUUGGUGGGGUGUCUGACAGGAAGUGGAGUCCUGCUGAGGCCUGUGUUCACCAAACAACCUGGCAGUGUGGUGUUUCCCCUUCAACCUGGCGAGAAUCGCAGAGAGGUGGUGUUUAGCUGUGAGGCCCAGGGACACCCGCAGCCCUUCUACAGGUGGAAGCUAAAUGAUUCUUUUAUCCUGCCCAGACCAGGGUCACGUUACACUCUCAUGGGAGGAAACUUACACAUCAGCCAUCUGAAUAAAGAGGAAGAUGUUGGCAUCUAUCAGUGCCUGGCAUCAAACUCUUUUGGCACAAUCGUCAGCAGAGAGGCCAGUCUGCACAUUGCAUACUUGGAGAACUUCAAGACACAGAGAAGAAAUCCAGUGAGGGUUCGUGAAGGUCAAGGAGUGGUCUUACUGUGUGGCCCACCACCCCACUCUGGAGAGCUUACCUUCACAUGGAUCUUCAACGAGUACCCGUCAUUUGUCAUCCAGGACACAAGACGAUUUGUGUCCCAAAAGACGGGCAAUCUCUACAUCGCCAAGGUGGAACCCUCGGAUGUGGGCAACUACACCUGUGUGGUCACCAACACCGUCACCAAAAACAGCGUGCAAGGACCGCCGACUCCCCUAGUGCUGCGGGUUGAUGGUGUGAUGGGUGAAUACGAGCCAAAGAUCGAAGUUCAGUUCCCUGAAGUUGUCCCCGUCGCUAAGAGCUCAACUGUCAAACUGGAAUGUUUUGCGCUUGGAAACCCAGUGCCAACCAUCAGCUGGAGAAGAGUGGAUGGAGCCUCUUUUGGCAGGAAGGUGGACAUAAAUAAAGCCAGCGGAGUUUUAGAGAUCCCUUACUUCCAGCAGGAGGAUGCGGGGAUAUAUGAAUGUGUAGCUGAAAACAGCCGAGGAAGAAACUCGGUUAAAGGAAAGCUGUCUUUCUAUGCUGCACCUCACUUGACCGAGAAGCCUCAGGAUGUGCAGAAGACCAUUGAUGACACUCUGGUGUGGGAAUGCAAGGCCAGUGCAAAGCCCAAACCUUCGUACCGCUGGCUGAAGAACGGAGAGCCUCUGGAUCCCAUGGAACAGGACAGAGUUCAGGCGAAUAAUGGAGUGCUGACGAUCGGUAGCUUGAAUCUGGCUGACAUCGGCAUGUACCAGUGUGUGGCAGAGAACAAGCACGGCCGAAUUUUCACCAACGCUGAGCUACGAGUCGUAGCCAUCGCUCCAGACUUCUCCCAGAACUUGUUGAAGGCGCAAACUCUGGCGCGACAGGGUGGCGACAUUCUGAUCGAAUGCAAGCCCAGGAUGUCUCCUCGCGGCGUGAUUUCGUGGAGAAAAGGGAAGGAAGCCCUGAGAGAGAGCCACAGAGUUACCGUGUUGGAUAAUGGGAGCCUUCGGAUUUCCAAUGUUACUAAAAUGGAUGCUGGUCUCUACACCUGUGUAGCCAGAAACCAGUUUGGAGUGGCAAGCAGUGCUGGCAGCCUUUUGGUUAAAGAGCAAACUGUGAUCACCAGUCCAGCUGGCCAUCUUGAUGUUACCGUAGGUGAGAGCAUUGUGCUGCCCUGCCAGGUAUCUCAUGACCCCACGCUGGACCUCAAGUUUACCUGGUUCUUCAAUGAGCAACUCAUCCACUUUGGAAGCCAUGGUGCUUAUUUUGAAAAAGUUGGUGGGCGUUCGGCCGGUGACAUCAUGAUUCGGAACAUUCAGCUAAGGCAUGCUGGGAAAUAUACGUGUGCCGUUCAGACCAAGGUGGACAGUGUGUCUAUUGCCACAGAUGUGGUAGUCAGAGGUCCCCCUGGACCUCCUGUGGACUGUCAGGUGACUGAGAUGACAGAGACCACUGCCUCACUGUCCUGGGGACCCGGCAUGGAUAACCACAGCCCCAUUCUCAGCUACACCAUCCAGGCCAGAACGCCUUUCUCCCUUGGGUGGCAAGCAGUUACCACCGUUCCUGAGCUGCUCGGGGGGAAGCAGCUGUCAGCCACUGUCACUGACUUGAGUCCCUGGGUGGAGUAUGAGUUCAGAGUCCUGGCAACUAACAGCAUAGGAACAGGAGAGCCCAGCAAACCCUCCAAAAAGGCCCGUACCAAAGAAAUGCUCCCCAGGGUGACUCCAGCCAGGGUGAACGGUGGUGGUGGUGGGCGUUCAGAGCUGGUCAUCACUUGGGAGCCUGUUCCUGAGGAGCUGCAGAGCGGCCCAGGCUUUGGCUAUGUGGUGGCUUUCCGCCCACUUGGGGCACAAGGCUGGAUGCAGGCUGCUGUUACGUCCCCAGAUGCCUCUAGAUAUGUCUUCAAGAAUGAGAGCAUCCCUCCCUUCUCCCCGUACCAAGUCAAAGUCGGGGUUUACAACAAUAAAGGAGAGGGCCCUUUCAGCCCAGUGACCACCAUCCACUCAGCGGAGGAAGAGCCCAGCAGAGCUCCAGGGAGGGUGCGGGCGAGGAGUGUAUCAGCGUCCGAGGUAGAGGUCACGUGGAAGCCGCUGGCCUGGAGUAACAACCGCAGACGCAUCCUGGGCUAUGAGUUGCGAUACUGGGGUAAGAAGGAAAAGCAGGACACAGCCAGUGUGAUCAGGACAGUGGGGAAUAAAACUUCAGUACUCAUCAAGGAUCUGGAGGGUAGCAGUACCUAUUACAUGUCCCUCCGGGCCUAUAACAGCGCUGGAGUGGGUCCGCAGAGCAUCAUAGUCAAUGUCACAACCAAGAAACCACCGCCCAGUCAAGCCCCGGUCAAAAUAAUGUGGAACACUUCCAACUCCAAGGUCAUCCUGAGGUGGGACCAAGUACAUGCUCUGGAAAACGAGUCAGAAGUCACAGGAUAUAAGGUGAUGUACAGUCAAGACAAACACAGCCGUCCCAGUGUGGUAGAGACCAACACCACCUCUCUGGAGUUGUCACUGCCAGUCAACCAGGACUACGUCAUCCAGAUUAAACCCUUCAGUGAGGGAGGGGAAGGCAGCAGCAGCGGCCAGAUAACUAUCCCCAAGAUAGCAGGCUCCAUAGCCACGGGAGCAGCGCCACAGGCCUCUGCAUUUCCCUUGGUUAACCUUGCAUCCCUAAUCCUCACAGCAAGGACUGUGCUAUGACAAACAUCUGCAGGAACCAGGCACCACAGCUGCUUAUUAAGAGGAGAAACAGCAGGUCAAAGACAACAAGAGGCUGACAGCCGCAUUUCCACCUGCUCCCUACCUUACCCUACUUUUUCUUUCCUCUUCUUUCUACAAAGAUCUCUUUGUGUGGAAGAUUCUUUUUCUCUACCUUUCUAAAGGAUUUACUGAAAGGACCUGGCUCUUUCAGAAGUUGUGUUUAUGGAACUGAAAGGACACCGUGACUUGACUGCAGUCUCUUUGAAGAUGUUUUUUUUUCUUCUCUGCUCCCUUCUAACCAAUGGAUAUUCUCAUACAGCUUUCACCUUGGAGGCCCACUGUUGUGUGAUGCACAAUUGGAUGUCUAUAUGUUCUCUCUGUGAAGGCUUUGUUAAGCAGAUAUGUAUGUACUGGACUUUUCACGGAUGAUGGGAUUGUAUGUUAACUGGGGAUGGAGGAGAUAUAAAGCACUUAUAGUGCAUAGCUCAUUCUGAGAGUUAUAUUUAAGCCUGGUUUAAGACACACAAAAAAUGGGUUAUGACAUUUUCCUCCUCAAUUUCCUUCUCCUCUAUGUGGACUGUCUUUGAGAAAGUACCUGAACUACCUUCUUCUCAGAAGGAAACUGUUACUAAUCCCUGCCCAAAAAAACAAAACAAAAACAAAAACAAAAAAACAAAAAAAAAACAUAAUAGAUAAAAAAAAAAACAGGGACCUAAGCCUCAUUGCUUAAUGACAAACCAGAAUUUGGGAUCUUUGUAACUUUGCCUGGAUUUUACUCAUGCUUUUACGUUGUACCAUGUUACAUCAGAACCUCAGAGUUGCCAUGAAACUGACUGGAACCAAAGGUAUUGAGCCAACAAGGUUCAGUUCCACCUCUUGUAUCAUUGUGAGUAAAUGCAGCGUGUACACCCCAGUAUUGCUACCAUCGUAAACAGCAGACUUGUGUUGAUUAAUCGAUGUCUUACCUUCCUCCCCCAUCCAUGAUAAGCGUGUAAAAAAGGCACACUGAGCAGUGUGAGACGCAUUGUUGUGCACUGUAUGUAUGAAAUCCUCAGGUCCCAAAUGAGCCUUAAGUCUUAUGAUUAUUAUCCAUGUUGUUUUUAUUCGAGAGACGUUUUAUUUAUUUUCCUCCUCUGUUUAUCCGUAUUGUGUUUCGGCUCACCCUUGAUAUAAUUUAUGAAUAGCUGAUCUUACUGCUACAUUGAGAUUUUUCAAUUUUGUUAUUUUGUAGAUCAUAUUUUUUGGGCGUUUUUGGGCUCAGAAACAACAUGCCUUUCUCCUAUGUCUUUCAUGAUGAGCACUGUAAUACAGUACAAGUGCAGUGAUUACUAACUUUUCUAACAUAGCUAUGGGGAUGGUAUUUUACUGUCAGCUGCUGUUUGGCAUGAGAUAGGUCAGUGUACGUACCUAUGUUGCUUAGGAUGUCUGAAUGGAUCAACCUGCUUUUAAUAAACGUAAUGCCAUUUUCCUCA